AUGAAUAACGUUUUAAAAAAUAAAUUCCUUCGUUUUGGUGCACCAUUUAUUUUAUUAAUCAUUGGAGGAUCAUUUGGCCUGAGAGAAUUUGCACAGAUCCGUUAUGAUUAUCGAAAGGUUCAGCUUAUUAGUCCAGAAGAACUUCGGAAACAAGGAAUUGAGAUGAAGCCCCGAGGUAGUGUUACAAUAGAAACUGAAUAUCAGAAACUUUUAGAACAAGUUAAUUUAGAACACUAUGAGAAUAAAAGAAUACCAAGACCACCAGGAUAUGAAGAUUGA